UGCAAAUCCCAGCACUUGCAACUUGCUCUGGAUCUCCACACCACUGGUAUGCAGAGCCACCUGUAGAAGCACAGGAUGUUUAACUGGGUGGUGAAAGUGGUCCCUCAACCACCUGAAGCUCCUGAGACAGAUGCUGCUGCCAAGACUCCCUCUGCUGCUGCAAUUCCAUCAAAAACCAAACAGGUUCAGAGUCCUCCACAGAAAAACACUGGGGAGGUUUCAGAGGACAGUCAGGUCCAGUCUGGAGUGUUAGGCUGGCUGUCUAAUGGUUUCGUCAGCGCUCUGCCGCAGCCCACCGGCUCCCCUCGACUCAGCAGAGCAUCUGAAGACAGAUGUGAAGAGGAUGGAGAAAGGUCUGGAGUGAUCCACUGGGUCACUCAGGGUCUGACCAAGGUUCUGCCUCAGCCUGAUGACAAGUACAGAGAGACGGACACCAACGAGGAGCACACUGAGGUCUAUGAUUUAGCAACGAUGCCAGAUCAUGACCCCCUCCCUCACAUCCCAGUGGUGGAGAUAUUGUCAGAUGAUGAGGAAGAACCGAGUCAGUCCUCUCAGUUCCCGCCCAACGUGGUGAAAUGGGUGAAAGACAUUGUCCCUCAGCCAGUUUUACGAUCCAGCGGUGCAAUCACAGAACCGUCGAUCAAGUCGUCCCACUCCUCUCGCUCCUCUCUGGACAAAAUUCUGUCUCCUCCGCCUGAAUCUCUGAGUGGAAUCUCACUUGACACCGACAGCAAAGUCUCUGGUGUGGUCAGCUGGUUCGUGUCAGGACUGGGCCUGAAGUUGCCUCAGCCUGUGAGUCAACCCAAAGAUGAUAUCGAGGGUGCAGUGGAGGUUCUACAGAAAGCCUCAUUCAAAAACAAGCCUGACAUAAUGCUGGAGGACGUGGAGUCAGACCACGAGGGUCAGCAGGAACCCGAUUACAAACCUCCUGUGCCGACCACAGCAGUGACUCCAGCAUCACCAGAGACACACCAUCAGCAGGGGGCGACACACCAGAUGCAGUCCUCUUCGUUGGCAUCCAUGGUGGUGUCCCACGAGUGUGGUGACUCCAGUCCGGUACCAGAACAACCAGAGAGUGCAACCAGAAUAACUCAGGAAGAUGCUGAGACUCAGACGGGCCGGUGGACGCCGUUCAUGGAGAGCAUCAAGAGGGAGGCCGAAGAUGUAGCUCUGGCUACCAUGGAAGAACGUCUGCUGGUGGAGCGCAUGGAAAUGGCACGAGUAGCUGAAGAAGUGGCCAGACAGACAGCGGAAAUGACCAUCAGACAGUUGGCCUGUGAAGGACAGUCUAUCAAACUCUCACUGGGCAGUGAAGAGCUGCUGGAGGAACCUGAAACCGAACUAGAAGAGAGUCUUACAGAGGAGGAACAGAAGGAGGAGACAGAGGAACUAACCGUCACAUUUCCAGAAUCAAAGGCGGAAGCUACACCGCAGCAGACUUCUCCCUCUCUGCCUCCAAGUCCUGAACCUGAACCGGAAGAAGAACCAGAACCAGAACCUGAACCUGAACCUGAACCUGCUGUUGAAGAAGAGACUGGGGACAACCAUUGUGAGCCUGAAGCUGUGACCCAGCAGCCACAGAGAGCAGAGGGAGACAGUCCUGACACCAACACUGACCAAGCAGCUCAAAAACAGGAGGAAGCUACUGGGGAUGACUGUGGUGCUCCAGUCAGCUGUGAUGCAUUUAAGAGCUGCCUGAUGCGCACCCCUCACACCUCAGAGUGCUUCGGCAAUAUCAACGCCUUCUUCAAAGAGAACGGCAUCUCUUCGCUGAAAAUACCCUCCAUGCCUAAGCUGCCCACCCAGAUCUCUGACGUGACCAAGUACUGUCCCACCCUUCCCCCUGAGUUACGCCAAGAGUUCUCCCAGAUCAGACUAACGCAGGUCCCCAGGAACAUAGCCCGGUCUGUGUCUGGGCUUUUCCCCAGUGGCUCAGAGGGUUGGGUCGACCCCACGCUCUCCAGCCUCUCCCAGAGCUUUUCAAACAUCCCUCAGAAGCUCUCCCAGGUUCCAACACGAACGCAGCAGUACCUGAGCAACAUUCAGAACCGCCUGAACAGCCUUAUGCCUCAAGAUGCCUAAGAACAACAACAACAACAACAACAGCAGCAAAAACAGAAGCAGGACAAUAAUCAGCAAGAUGUAGAACUCAACCGACUCGUCCGACACUCCCCUCUUUCUCCUCCCGUCCAUCCUCAUCUCAGGUCCCGCUCCCCGUCUCCGUCCUCCCCCAGUGGCAGCACCCUCGAGUUGCCCAAUGUGCCGUCCUAUCCGCGCCUGCCACCGAUUGUCAGCCCCCCGUCCAAGCAGCUCCACUCCCCGUCCCACCAGCUGUCGGGUCUCUCUAACCCGGCGUUCUUCAUCGAAGACGAUCCAGACAUUUCUCCACUGAGACCCACAGAGAGCUCCAGCAUCAGCCUCCGUCCAGCUGUUAACGUAGAGGACGUUGACUCCGACAAUGAGAGAAAAGGAGAAGGAGCGGGAGGAGGAGGAGGAAGAGAGGAGGAGCAGAAUAGCCUCCCACAGAUUCUCACCCCACAGGAUCCCAAACUUACAACCCUCACUGUUCCCGUCACUCCGUCUGGAGGUCGUCAGAGUAAAGGAGACAAAGAUGGAAGGAAUCGUGGAAGUAUCUGGAGUAAGAUUUCAAAGCUUCAUUCUCAAAGUGAAGAUGAUGAUGAUGAAGGGAGCACACCUGUCAGAGCCUGGCCCAGCCAGUCCAGCCUGCACAGCACGGAUGAUAUUCUGAAAGAGCGCCCGGCGUCUUCGGCCAGUCAGACCAGCACAGUGGUGAACGAGCGUUUGCAGGAGCUGGUCAAGAUGUUCAAACACAGAACAGAGAAGGCCAAAGAGAAACUCAUCGAGACCGACAGCUCGGAUGAAGACAGUGUCGUACCCUCUCCUCCUCAGCCUGCUCCUGGAGCGAAGCCACAGGAUGAGGGAGAUAAGGAGGAUCAAGCAGGUCCAUCAGGAGGUGAAGAAGAAGGAGAAGUGAAGAGUGAGGCAGAGAUGGAGCAGGCUAGCAGCUGCUGUAAGGUGAAAGCUCCACGGUGGAUGCGAGCCUGUAUACGCUACCGUUUCCCUGCCAGCAUCGACCCCUUUACCAACCUGAUGUAUGUGCUGUGGAUGUUCUUGGUGUGUCUCGCGUGGAAUUGGAGUCUGUGGUUCAUCCCGGUGCGCUGGGCCUUUCCCUAUCACACGCCAGAUAAUAUCUACUACUGGCUUCUGACCGACUAUCUGUGCGACCUCAUUUACAUCCUGGACAUCACCGUCUUCCAGCCACGUCUUCAGUUUGUCCGUGGAGGGGACAUCGUGUGUGACAAAAAAGACAUGAGGAAGAAUUACAUGAAAACGAGACGCUUCAAAUUCGAUGUCGCCAGUCUUGUCCCUCUGGAGCUUUUCUACUUUAAAACCGGCAUCAACCCUCUGCUGCGCUUACCUCGGCUGCUGAAGAUCAACUCCUUCUUCGAAUUCAAUGAGCGUCUCGAGGCCAUCUUGACCAAAGCCUUCAUCUACAGAGUAAUCCGGACCACCACCUAUCUCCUGUAUUGUCUCCACUGUAAUGCCUGUCUGUACUACUGGGGCUCUGCCUUCACGGGACUGGGAUCCACCAAGUGGGUGUACAACGGCGAGGGCAACAGUUACAUUCGCUGUUACUACUUUGCGGUGAAGUCCCUGAUCACCAUCGGAGGAUUACCAGAUCCCACCACCCUGUUUGAGAUUGUCUUCCAGCUAAUCAACUACUUUGUGGGAGUCUUUGCCUUCUCUAUCAUGAUUGGACAGAUGCGUGACGUGGUUGGUGCAGCCACAGCGGGUCAGACCUACUACCGCACAUGUAUGGACAGCACUAUUAAGUACAUGUCCUCAUAUCGCAUCCCCAAGGAUGUCCAGAACCGUGUCAAAACCUGGUACAACUACACCUGGCAAUCUCAAGGCAUGCUUGAUGAGCAGGAGCUGCUGACUCAGUUGCCUGAUAAAAUGCGCCUGGACAUUGCCAUAGAUGUCAACUACUCCAUUGUGAGCAAAGUCCCUCUAUUCCAGGGUUGUGACAGACAGAUGAUCUUUGAUAUGCUGAAAAGCCUGCGCUCUGUUGUCUACCUCCCUGGGGACUAUGUCUGCAAAAAGGGUGAAGUGGGACGGGAAAUGUAUAUCAUAAAGGCAGGGGAAGUGCAGGUGGUUGGAGGACCUGAUGGGAAGACGGUGUUUGUCACUCUAAGAGCAGGAUCUGUCUUUGGAGAGAUCAGUCUGCUGGCUAUAGGUGGAGGUAACAGGCGCACAGCUAACGUGAUUGCUCAUGGCUUUGCCAAUCUCUUCAUUCUGGACAAGAAAGACCUGAAUGAAAUCCUGGUCCACUACCCUGAGUCCAAGAAGCUGCUCCGCAAGAAGGCCAGAAAGAUGCUCAACAAGGGAAAGAAACCUGAGCCCAAAGAGGAGGCUAAGGAUCCUCCACCGGCCCCCACCGGCCCCCGCAGGCAGGAGACUCCCAAACUGCUGAGAGCUGCUCUUGAGAUGAAACAGAGGACCUCUGGACUGAAAGGAGCUCUGGCUGAAGUCAAACGGAAGACCAGCAAGUCCUUUAUCUCAUCACAGCUGUCCGUCUCAUCUUCCCAGCCUCCUCCAUCUCCCACUUUCAGCUCUGGGCCCGAGAGAGAUGGAGACACGCCCUCGCCCAUCUUUGCCAGUUCUAUGACACUUAACCGCUGCCAUAGCAACAGCUCCACGGAGCUUGAGCCUGCAUCUCGGUGCUGCAGCGACGCUGGCGAAACAAAGGACCAAGGUGAAGAGGAUGCUGUGGAGGAUAAAGGCAACGAGAGUGGUUCGAGGAAAAGUGAUGGGGAAGUUAGGCAGGAAGGAAGGAAAGAGACGUGAGAAGGUGGUGCAAAACAAAUAUGAGAAGAGUGAAGGGUGUUUAUAUAUAUAUAUAUAUAUAUAUAUCUAUAUAUUUCUAUAUAUAGAUAUAUAUGUAUAUGUAAAUAUAUAUAAGUUAAUUAAUUAUAUAAAAUGAAUUAACAAAACCUCUACUUUCCUAUUGUCAUCCACUAUUAAGAGCUUGCAGUGCAGUUGUUAGGUUUUUGUGAUAAAACUAUACCACUGGAAAACGCAAUCUAUUUCUCCUAUUUUUUUGCACUUCUUCAACCCUCACUUUAUUGUCUGGUAAGGUUCUCAGUCAUUAUCCAGGUCAUCGUUAUCUUCUGUGGUUAGCUGUAGGCAACUGGAUGUGCUUGAGUUAAGUUGAAGACCUUUCACCUUCAUCCAAGAGGCUUCUUCAGUUCUGACUAACUGGUGGAAAAAACCUGUUUAACCUCUGAGGUUGAACAACAGAUCGUUCUCCCCUCUGACACAGUUUCAGGUUGUUCAGCUCUCAUUUAACAGAUUUUCAUUUGAUGUAGGAGCAAGUCCUUCCUUACCUGGUUAUCUCCUCUGUUUAUUCACACCUUCAUUAUCUGCACAUGAGUUUACAUUUCUGAACUCUUUGUUUCAGAGCAUGAUUAAGUAAUAACAGUUAGCUCCACUUGUCUUUCUACAAAGACAAAAUGAGACAAUGUUUUUGCUGUUGUUGUCCGCUAAAUGUUUACACACUAUUUUGUAAAGUUCAACCUCGAUGCGCCUUAUUUAUUUGUAUUUUAUUUUUAUUAGGGUUCGAGCACAAAGUGCAUAGAACCCUAUUGAAAUAAAAGGAGUUAUUUUCCUUGUAAAUUGAAGCUUAAAUCCAGAACACAUGUCUGAAACACUUUUAAUGUUAUUUUCUUGAAAUCCAUCUCUUGUGUAGCAGGAGUCUGGAAAAGGUUGCAAUGGUAGGCUAAACUGUAACUGAUAUAAUCGUCUGUCCUCUCAUCAAAGCUCCGCCCACAAAAGACACAGAACACACACUGUCUGAAGUGUAGGAGAGAGAGCUGCAUGAACAGCUUUGUAAUUACUGAUUAAAUUCUGUUCAGUCGCCCUAUUUUACCCUUUUAUUUGAAACAGUUGAUUCUCGAACUUCAGAAUUUCACACCACAUUUUAAAAUUUUGAAAAUCCUGAAACUGAAACCUACUUUUAAACCUACGAUUUCAACAAAUACGAUUAAAAGUGUAACACAAAAUUUUCAUAAGUGUUAUGAAAAACAAAUUACAGUUAGUUAAAGUAACUCUGUGUUGUGCUAAUGUUGUUAUUAGUCAUUUAGACUGACUUAAUGUUAGUUUAAGGCAGGGUUACUCAAUCCUGGUCCUGGGGAUGAACCACUGCCCUGCAUGAUUCAGAUGUUUCCCUGCUUCAACACACCUGAUUCAAAUCAGGAAGCUCUAAAACUCUAAACAUGCAGGAAAGUGGGUCAUCCAUCAGGACCAGGAUUACGAAACUCUGGUUUAAGGCUUUCACACCAUGAGGCACUUCCAUCAUCAGAUACAGUGUGUUGACUGCAAAGAGCAUAUAUUUAUAGAUUUUGUCUCACUAUCAUAUCAAGAUUAGUAUGAUCAAAUAUCAUGUAUAGUGGAUUUUGCAUUCUCAUAAUAUUUCAUUCUUUUUGUUUUCUUUUUUUCUUUUUUUAACAAUAGAUUGAUCAUAUUUCCACAUUUCUGCAAAUGAAAAAAACCCAGACGCUUUCCUGCUUUGUACAUGAAUUGUGUAAAUGCUUUAUGUUAAAUUUGUGUUGUAAAUGUGUUUUAUGAGUCAGUGGUGUAAGAAACGUCAUGUUUUUUUCGAUUGUUUGAUUAUCAUGUACAGUUUUAGAGGACCGACCGGUAAAACCAGCUAACCAUACUGCCAGACAGUGUCUAGAGAGGAAUAUGGAUGUUGUGUGCUUGUGUGUGUAUGUGUGUGUGUGUGUUGUAGUGAGACAGAGAGGGAUGCUUGCAUUUAAUGGACUGUUAAAAACAGUGUUUGUGUUUGUGUAUAUAAAUAAUAAUGUAUUCUAACUCUUUUUUUGUCACAUAGAUCUGUUUUUUUUGUGAAUUCUGUUUAAAUCAAUUCAACAUAAUAAUAUUCCCUCCUGAUGUCUGACCGACAGUUAUCCAUUUAGGUCAAAAAGCCUGACAAACAACACGACUUACUGCAAAACAAGCAACCACAAAACCAAAUGCAGCAGAAAUGAACAGGAAGCAACAGCUGGGGAGCAACCAACAUGUGCUGGCCGCCACUUUUUUCUGAUUCCAGACAGAAUGUGUUUCCACAGUUUGAAGUGUCAACCACAGCGCUGUUUCCUUCGUCUUGUGUGUAGGCGAAGCUAAAGCUCACUUUGUGAACCGAUAACUCCCAGUUUGGAGCCUCAAGACUGGUGAUUUGACUGACGCCUUGUUGAGGUUUUGCAAAUGUGAGUCCAGAGGCAUCACCUGCAAUGAGACACCAGGUGUCAAUCACUCUGUCCACACAUAUGUGCCGUGUUUAUUUUUCUCUAAACAGGAAAAGUAACAUACAAAAUUGACAUCAUGUCCUAUUGAA